UCGCGAUAUUAUACCAAGUACAGGAAGUGGAGCGGUGCUUGUUUACUGUCGUGUUUGUUUUGGAGUUAAAGAUGGAGUGUUUCUGGAUCUUUCUGACUCUCUGCUCCUCACUGAUCCUCUCCUGCUCCGCCUCGGCGUUCGAUGGAGUUUUAGGCAGCACCGCUUCCUGUCACAAAACUUGCAGAAUGACCUACAGCCUGCACACUUACCCGCGGGAAGUGGAGCUGUUUGCGUGUCAGAGAGGAUGCAGACUCUUCUCCAUCUGCCAGUUUGUGGGUGAGAGUGAGAACCUGAACCAGACUAAAGCCGAGUGUGACUCAGCUUGUCAUGAAGCGUAUGAUGAAGCAGAUGAAGCGUUCUCCUGCAGCCUGGGCUGUGAGAGCCAGCUGCCCUUCGCCCAGCAGAGACAGGAGCAGCUGCUGGCCAUGAUGCCCCGAAUCCACCUGCUUUACCCCCUGACACUGGUGAGGGGAUUCUGGGAGGACAUGAUGAACCAAGCCCAUGAAUUCAUUACUUCAUCAUGGACCUUCUACCUGCAGGCAGAUGACGGGAAAGUUGUUGUUUUCCAGACAGGACCACAGGUUCAGUUUGUGUCUCAGCUUGACCUGCAGAGGGAGGAGCUGAAGGAGGAGCCUCAGGGUUCAGACAUUGAUCUGAAUGAGCCGCUUUACAGUGAAUACAGUAGGAGCUCCUUCCAGGACAGACUGGGUGUCAUGUCUCAUGAUCAGAGCAGCUCACAGGAUGACUACAACUUCUUUGGAUGUCUCUCCAGGAGCCCGUGGCUGCCUGGCUGGAUUUUGGUCACUACUCUGGUUCUGUCGGUUCUGGUUCUUAUUUGGAUCUGCUGUGCUACGAUGGCUACUGCUGCAGACCAGUUUGUCACCGCUGAGAAGCUGAGUAUUUAUGGAGACCUGGAGUACAUGAAGGAGCAGAACCUGAAGCCAUACCCAAAGUCCUCUCUGCUGAUGGUCAGCUCUUUGGUGAAGGAGGAUGAGGCUGAAGCUCUUCCAUGUAAACUCCAUGUGGAUCUGAGUAACGUCUAACUGUAGGAGUCAGGGAGAGAGCAGUAAAGGCUGCAUGUGCUUCAUGUCUUCAUUUACACCUUCUUUACUUAAUGGGAACUAGUUCCUCAGCACAUAAUGCUUUUAAGUGUGUGUGCUUGUGUGUGUGUGUGCACGCGUGUGUGUGCUUGUGUGUGUGUGUGCACGCGUGUGUGUGCACGCGUGUGUGUGUGUGUGUGUGCUUGUGUGUGUGCGUGCGCGUGUGUGCGCGCGUGUGUGUGUGCGUGCGCGUGUGUGUGUGUGUGCGUGCGCAUGUGUGUGUGUGUGUGCGCGCAUGUGUGUGUGUGUGUGCGCGUGUGUGUACGCGUGUGUGUGUGUGUGAGCGUGUGUGUGUGUGCGUGCGCGUGUGUGUACGUGUGUGUGUGCGUGUGUGUGGAGUGAUUUUAAAAUGACCGCUGGCUCCUGCACUGUUGUGAGCUUUCCUAUUGCGUUAUUUUCCUUUAUGAUUAGUUCAGGUACAGAGGUGUGUGUUUUACGGCUCUCAGAUUCCGGUUGUUUCUCCUCUCUUACACAGAUCUACACAUGUGCUGAAAAAGAGCCGGAAUAUUUAUAGAUAAGUGUGUGAGAAAUGAGAGCAGCAGUUCUGUCUGUCUCCUCCAUGAAACUAAACGAGGAAACUCCACUGAGUCUGUGGCAGAGAGCUAACCAUGAAACUGAAUAAAUGAGGUGUUUGUGCUCAGUGAUGACUUUCACUAUAAUCCAUACUGAUUACUGGAUAAUUUCAUCAUAAUCAUCAUUAAUAAAUAAAGCUGAAAGGUUUUUAAGGU